AUGGUGCAGGAAACAUACGACAUUGUGAUCGUGGGCGCAGGCCCAGUCGGUCUGCUUCUGUCCCUGUGCAUGUCACGAUGGGGAUACAAGGUCAAGCACAUCGAUAACCGCCCUGUACCGACCGCCACCGGUCGCGCCGACGGUAUUCAACCGCGCUCCACUGAGAUCCUGCGCAACUUGGGUCUGAAGCGCUCGAUUAUGGCCUAUGAACCGGCCAAGGUUUAUGAUGUCGCUUUCUGGGACCCCAAGGGCGAUGGUUCAGGUAUUGGUCGUACUGGCAGCUGGCCUAGCUGCCCUCGCUUCAUCGAUACUCGCUAUCCUUUCACCACCCUGGUUCACCAGGGCAAGAUCGAGCGAGUUUUCCUGGAUGAGAUCGAAAAGGCCGGUGCUCAUGUGGAGCGACCUUGGACCAUUGUUGGAUUCAAGAACGACGGCGCCAACGCUGACUACCCCGUCGAGGUCAGCCUGAAGUCUAUUGAUACCAACGUCAUUGAGAAAGUGCGCUCCAAGUACCUCUUCAGUGGUGAGGGUGCUCGCAGCUUCGUCCGUGAGCAGCUCGGUAUCAAGAUUCACCACAAGGACCCCAUCGCCUACGUCUGGGGUGUCAUGGAUGGUGUUGUUCGCACAAAUUUCCCCGAUAUCGAGACAAAAUGUACUAUUCACUCUGAUGCUGGCUCAAUCAUGGUUAUUCCCCGCGAGGAUAACAUGGUCCGCCUGUAUGUUCAGAUCGCCUCGUCUACCGAUGCUGACUGGAACCCCCGCAAGACUGCCACCGCCGAGGAGGUCCAGCAGACCGCCAAGAACAUCCUGAAGCCUUACUGGAUUGAGUGGGACCGUGUUGAGUGGUACUCUGUGUACCCUAUUGGUCAAGGUAUUGCUGAGAAGUACACUUUGGAUGAGCGAGUCUUCAUGGGUGGUGACGCCUGCCACACCCACAGCCCCAAGGCUGGCCAGGGUAUGAACACUGCAUUCCACGAUGCCUUGAACAUGGCCUGGAAGAUCCACGCCGUUGAGAGUGGAUUCGCGGACCGUUCCAUUCUGAGCACCUACGAGACCGAGCGCAAGGACAUUGCUGAGACACUCCUGAACUUCGAUUCCAAAUACGCUGCUUUGUUCUCCAAGCGCCGUCCCAAUGCCAGUGAAGUCUCCGCCAGUAAGGCUGUCAAUUCCGACGAGGAGGAGGACGAGUUUGUCAAGACCUUCAAGUCCUCUUGCGAGUUCACCAGCGGAUACGGAGUUGCCUACAAGCCCAACGUCUUCAACUGGGAUGCUAGCCACCCCGCCAAGUCCGCUCUGUUCAACAUUCCCAAUGUCAAAUUGACCCCUGGUCGUGCCUUCACUCCCACUACUGUGACCCGUCUGGCAGACUCCAACUUCGUCGAGCUGGAGCAAGAGGUUCCCGCCAACGGAGCUUUCCGUAUCUUCAUUUUCGCUGGUAACCAAAGCAAGACCAAGAAGGCUAUCGCCGAUCUUGCCGCCAACCUCGAAAAGGAACGCUCAUUCCUCUCCGUCUACCGCCGCUCUGACAUCGCCGAUGUCUCUUUCUUCGAGCGUCACAACCCUCACUCCAAGCUGUUCACCCUCUCAGUUAUCUACGCUGGCAGCAAGAACGAGCUCGAUAUGGACUCUGUUCCCCAGGUCCUGCGGGACUACCACCAUCACCUUUACGCUGAUGAUAUUCCCGACGUCCGUGUCCCUGAGGCUAAGUUCUCUGCCCACGAGAAGCUCGGCUUUGACGCCGAGAAGGGUGGUAUUGUCGUCACCCGCCCCGACAGCCACGUUGCCUGUACCAUCCAAUUGGUGGAGGGUUCUGGCACAGCCGACGCUCUCAACGAGUACUUCAACUCCUUCUCCAGCAAGGCACUGGGUCAGGAUUCUCAACAGAGCCGUCUGUAA